AUCACCGCCUGCAGCAGCGGGGAAUUUCAAUCUCAGAAGACAUCAUGGCAGCCAUGGAACCCCCAUCUGUGUGCGACGAGGUGUGCGUAGUGUGUUCCACCUUGUGACACAAUGACACAACCAUUAUGAAGGUGUUCACGACGAAAGUAGUUGCGGAGCAAACCAUGUCUGCUAGAACCAAGUCUGAAUCCGCAUGUUCAUCCCGCACGAAGCACGAAUGCCUUUCGUGCAACCUGCUGCACAUUAUCUUUCUAUGCUCACCCCACACGUCGUCUCCGACCUCAGAACUUACAUAUAUGCCUCUCAUCCACCCAUCUGGAACCAAUGUUGUUUUUUCUGCAUGUCGAUACAUAGGAUACAGAGCGACUGUUCGGGAUGGCGGCGAACCACAUGAUCACGGUGAAAGGUGUGGCUCUAUCGUCUGACCAGAGGUUGGAGCUGUAUUCGCUGUUCAAGCAGGCCACGGAAGGCGACUGUGAGGAUCCCAAGCCUGGACUCAUCGAUCUUGUCGGUAGAGCAAAAUGGGGAGCGUGGAAUCGACUCCGCGGGAUGGAACCUGUAGAGGCCAUGAAGUCCUACCUCCUCAAGGUUACCGAGCUUUGUCCCGACUGGUUGGCUGAGGCUCAGGGCCAGCCCCCGGGCGACGCGGGGACGGUCACCCAGGAGGACAUGAAGAAAGACUUGCAGUGGGAGGGCAGCGACAAGGAAGAGGACGAGAACGGGGCCGGGCUCGGCUUUGGAGUGACCGUCAGUACCAUGGCAGCGGGACAGGGGAACACGGCGGAAUGGGGCGCGAACGAGGAGAUUUUCGCGGCUGCCAGCGACGGGGACGUCGUCCGAAUACGCGAUCUCGUGUCUAGCGGGGUUAAGGUUGACGCGCAGGACGAGGAGGGAAGAACGCCUCUCCACUUUGCGGCUGACCGGGGCCAGUCCUCGGUGAUCUCGAGCCUCCUUGCCCUGGGAGCGGCAGUGGACUCUCGGGAUGCAGACGGCAUGACACCCCUCGCGUACGCCGUAGCCUGCGAGAACGAGAAAGAGGUCGAGCUCUUGGUGCAAGCCGGGGCGGACGCGAACGCCGCGGACAAUGAUGGCUGCACGCCAAUGUCCUCGGCCGAAGAAAGCGUCAAACAUCUGCUGAUAAGACCAGAGAGUUCCGCCGCGUGAAACCUAUCCAUCUCAGCGCGCGUUGCCGUGUUGAAAGCAGGUCUAUGGCAGAUUGUUGGUAUAUUGCGUUUAGCGUGACGUCGCGUGUUAGUGUCUUGUGCGGGUACCGUACUGGUAUAGAGCAUGCACGUUGUUCAUCGCACCGUGGCGUUCACGCUCUGCAUGUGGGUUGCUGUUUUGUGAGGUUUGGCGUGGCUUCUUCAAGAAAAAUCGUUUUGAU